GCGCGACUUGCGUCCGAGUUGUUUUCUGAACAUCCACCAUGCACGCAUUACGACUACUAACGCAAACAGCAUCAAAACUUAGCCCGGUUGCGCCCCUCGCAAUUGGGUUCGAUGGGUGGGCGCGCAUGCGCAAAGCCAAAGCGCGAGCGCGACGGCGUUAUCUGGCGCUACCUAGGGCCCCGAUUGUUCCUGCCGCCCGCGGCAGCUGACGACGGGCAAAGGGGGAUAGGGCUCGCGCCCGCGGCCGACCGGGAAAGAAAC